UGGACAGCGCUGCGCGAUCAUCGCCGCCGCCGCCGCCGCCGCCGCCUCGAGCCAUGGAGCAGCUAAAAACCUUAGACCAUGAAGUCAAUGCUUUUGUGGACAACCUGUUUGGCCCUCGGGAUCCCCGAGUCAAAGGAUGGUUCAUGUUGGACUCAUAUCUACCUACCUUUUUCCUUACUGUAACUUACCUGCUUUCCAUCUGGUUGGGCCCUAAGUAUAUGAAGAACAGACCUGCAUUUCCUCUCAGAAGUUACCUCAUUGUGUAUAAUCUUGGAAUCACACUACUCUCUUUUUACAUGCUUCUGGAGCUUAUCGUCUCUACUUGGGAAGGAGGCUACAACUUACAGUGCCAGAAUCUCAACAGUGCAGGGAAAAGUGACAUCCGGGUGGCCAAAGUGUUGUGGUGGUACUACUUCUCCAAAUUGAUAGAGUUCAUGGACACGAUUUUCUUUGUUUUGCGGAAGAAAAACAGUCAGAUCACUUUUCUUCAUGUAUACCAUCAUGCCUCCAUGUUUAAUAUUUGGUGGUGUGUUAUGAACUGGAUACCUUGUGGACAAAGUUUCUUUGGACCAACACUGAACAGUUUUAUUCAUGUUCUAAUGUAUUCCUACUAUGGACUGUCUGUGAUUCCAUCCAUGCACAAGUAUCUCUGGUGGAAAAAAUACCUCACCCAGGCUCAAUUGGUUCAGUUUCUUCUGACCAUUACACACACACUGAGUGCGGUUGUGGCACCAUGUGGCUUUCCCUUUGGGUGUCUCAUUUUCCAGUCUUCGUAUAUGCUCACGCUUGUCAUACUCUUCAUAAAUUUUUACAUCCAGACAUACCGGAACAAGCCAUUAAAGAAAGAUCUGAAGGAGAUCUCAGCUGGGAAGGACAUCAAGAAUGGUUUUCCCAAAGACAGCUUGUCUGCAGGCAAUGGCAUAGUGAACAAGAAAGAGCAAUAGACCGGGUGAAGCAGAAUCGGGUCACAGCAACCCAAGAAAAUGUUCCUGAUAAUACAGAUUGGGUCCAGUGUUCUAUGUUUUAGUGCAACUGACAGCUGUUAAAAUGUAUAAGCCGUUUGUCCUCAAUUAGAAAAAUGUAUUUCUAUUAGGGUUUUUUUCAUUAACUCAUUGGUUUGUUAACCUUUGGUGCUGAAUAUGACAUUAUAUCUUAAACACACACACACACACACUUUCUUAUGAUGCCUUAUACACUGACUGUUUCACGUGCAAAUCCAACCUAUAUGGAGCAGCAUGAAAAGUUAGGGCUUUUUUAAUAUGUUUCUACUAAAUUAGUAAGUCUCUUGCAGCACAGGGUAUGUUCUAUUCUGUUAAGCAAAAUUCAUGAGAAGAAUCCACUGGACUCCUUUGGUCCAGGUUUCAGAGGAAUGAACAGGUAGGAGAGAGAUUCUCACAUAUUGCCUCUCUCCCAAACAACAUAAUAUUGGCCCUAUUGGAAUGAUUUUUUUUUUAAAAGGUGUGCCUAGCCCCUGGUUAAGGGGACUUGGAUUGAAUUCAGGGUCUCGAACAUUUUCAGCUUCAAAUUCUCUCUGCUGUUUGCACAUCUGGUCAGCCUCUGCUUUAGUUCAUUUAUGCACAGCCUGGCAGGACAUGUGCAAGACAUCUGAUGCUGUCUGUCCCCUUCUUCCCUGGGCCAGGACUGGAGUCCAAUAAGAUUCUUCUGCCUGGGCCACACCCCUCACCCAAAUUUGUCCAGAAAUCCAAAAUGGAAUUUACAGCAUACUGAAAUUCAACCCCAGGGAGUGAAGCUGUACCAAUACCCUGAGAUUUUUCAGCACAGAAAGGAGAAAAAGAAACCCAGAAGUGCUCUGUGGAAAAAAUUCCAUUGGGAAACACUGGGGUGAUGGUGAACCUCCUUACCAUUUUCAAACUCUGUGGUUGAGUUUCUUCCAGAAGCAAUCAAUCUCGGGCCCAGAGAAGGGUCUGACAACAGCCUCUAACCCCUCCUUGACAUUCAACAAUACUGCAACACCAAACUCUGUUAUGGCAUGGAGCAGAAUAGGUUUUGGUGAAUACACUGCCAAUCAAUUUAUGCCCUUAAGAAUGACUACUGGCUACUUUUGUAACUUCAUCUUAGCUAGGGAAAUCAGCAGCAAUCACUCAUGUAAAAAAAAAAAUAGCUUGUUUUCACUUCAUAUAAUUGGCAAGAGUUGGCUAUGUGAGGCAGAAAAGAAUAUUUUACUUCUUAUCCAUUCCUCCAGCUCUUUUCUUCUUGGUAAGGGCAAUGUAAACUGGUCACCUUUCAUCCGGAUUAGCUCAUUUUCCUGCAAAGCAAUACUGUACCUUCUAAAGGAAAACCUGCUGGCACCUGAAUUCUUGUCCAUCAGCAUUGUCCUUCUCAAGGCCCAGUGUCCUUAGAGAGGAAGGGACCAACACUGAAGUAUUCAGUAUUAAACUAUUGAAGUGUUCCUGCUCUAGACCUACUCAGAGCUUGUUAUAAUGUUCUCAUUCCCAUUCUGUGCUCUUCUCUGGCACUUGACAUUUGAAUCAGGGCCUUUCUGGGCUCUGAGCAGCUUCCAGUGCUACAGUAGAUGGCUUCACUGGAGCAGUUCCUGUUUCUUAGGGUUUGUGCACGCUUGUGCACCACAUUAAACCAAGGAGAGCUGUUGAGAUUGUGUUUUUGCCACAAGUAGCUUAAGGCAGAAGUUGACUUGACACUUCCUGUGGUUUGGCUGGCAGGCAGGUAACAGCAAACUGCUUAGCUUCAUUCUGUCACCUUGUCCUGAGCACAGUCAGUGCCUAAGGAAUCAGUGUCCUCUCUAAGGCCGUGACUGAGUUUUCCCAGGGUGACCUGAGGUGUGGGAAGCAAGAGGAGCAAGCCAGCUCUUAAGUGAAUAACAGAUUGCCAAGCAGCUAAGGCAGGGGGAAAAGCCCCAGAGACUCUGGAGCAAAGGAAGAGCGGCAACUCAGGGGAAAAAUCACUGUGACCCCCAUUCUCUUUGAAAUUUUUCACAAAGCUGACAAGUCUGAGGAAAUAACCCAACCUUGGUGUUCAAUUUCAGGACUGUUCUUUUGUUUUUCUAAAACCUAACAACAAAAAAUAUAGCGCCUUACUUGAAACAUUCAAGGGCUGUUAAAUACACAAGAUAUCUUUGGUGAAGUCUAAAGCAGUUGCAUCAAGUAUGUUCCAAAUACUCUUACCUGUCUCAAAACAUCUUUGAACUGCUGCAUUUUUGAAUAAAUUGCUGACUUUUGAAAAGUGUUUUUCUUAGAACAUUUACUGCUGUACAUAAAACUUUUAGGUGUCUGAUCUGUUGCUACUUAGAGAAUAGUUGGGAACAUGGAUGUGCUUAUAUCCUGUAACAUCGUAAAAGCAGUAUUUUGUGAAUAUUAUAAACAAAAGUGUUGCUUGUUUCCCCAUUCUUUGGAGUAAAGUACAGUGGAAUUUUUA